UGUACCGCAUAGCUAAAGCUGUGAUCUUCAGCCUGUGAUUUUGUGGGUCUUCUGAUCUGCGAUGCUUCGAUUUUAGGGGACCUUUGUUGCGUUGCUUUGCUGGUGCUUUGUCCAAGUCAUCGUCGGUUUCUGAGAGAAAUGCAGGCUGUGAUUCAGAGUUGUAUUGAGGUGAUUUGGUAGUGGUUUGUUUGCUUGUUUGGUUUCGUCGUUGUAUAGAGGUGAAUGGAUUUUGUCUGCUACAAAAGGGUAAAAUAGUAAAUUCUCAAAAGAUGCCAUCUCCCUUCCCUUUUUCAGUCCAUUAUCUGCCCAAAAAUGGGGGGAAAGAUAUUGGCGGGCUGCAGGGAAUCCUUCUCCCCUCCACUUUCCAUUCCCUCCCAUUUUCCUUCCAAACCAAACAAUAGAAAACAGAUCCUUCCCUUCUACUUUCCUUCCUCUAUUUUUCAUCCUCCCUAUUUUCCCUCAUACCAAACAGGGGGUCAGUCUCUCUCUCUCGGAUGGCUGCAUCGACCAUCAUCACCAGCAAAUAUCGAGCAUCAUGGUCUCACAUCAUUCUCACCCAACUACGAGUCCAUUCCUCCUCCUCCUCCUCCUCCCCCUCCCCUCGACCAUUAUCCACUUUACACCAUUCUUUUCCGACCACCCCAAGGACAACUACCACAACCCACACUUGUCAUUUCCAAACUCUUCCCAUUUCCCAUUCCCACCUCCGCCGUGGAUUUCGUUUCCCUGGAAAUCGAUUUUUCUCCAUUUCUUCGGGAAAGCCAUCCAAGAGCUUCUCGCGGACGUGGAGAGGGAAAAGCAGAAGGAGAGAGAGGAGAGGAAAAGGGCGGGUUUAGAUACUGCCGAUAUCGACGCUGAGGAUGAUGAGGAUUACAUGGGUGUGGGCCCGAUCAUCGAGAAGCUCGAGAAGGAGAAGCUCAAAGACACCGACACCAACCUCCACUUGUACGAAGAGCCCACUGACUCGGACACUGACGACGACGAUGAACGCUUCACCACCGACUCCAUUAAGAAGCGAUCAGACGAGUUCGAGAAGAAGUUCAAGCGGCAUGAAGAGCUCCUCAAGAACUUCACCGAUGCUGAGGCCCUUGACGAUGCUUUCAAGUGGAUGAAUAAAAUUGAUAAGUUUGAGCAAAAGCAUUUCCGGCUCCGCCCGGAGUAUCUAGUUAUUGGUGAGUUGAUAAAUCGUUUGAAAGAAGCCACUGGCAAGGACAAAUUUCUGCUUCAACAUAAGCUAAACAGGGCCAUCAGAUUAGUUGAAUGGAAGGAAGCAUACGAUCCUAAUAAUCCCGCCAAUUAUGGAGUCAUUCAACAUGAACAAUUAGGGCCCUCUGUUGAUCUGCUGGAACAUGCCGGAUUUGAAAAGGAAAAGCAAAUCAUACAAGGUGCUGGACUUGAUGAGGAUGAUGAGGAGGAGUUCAAUGACAUGAAAGAGAAGGAUGAUAUAUUGUUGGAGAAACUCAACGCUAUUGACAAGAAACUAGAAGAGAAGCUGGCACAGUUGGAUCAUACGUUGGGAAGAAAGGAAAGCUUCUUGAGGAGGAGAUAA